AUGAGCAUGGACGCUGGCGGUCUUGCUCAAAUGACCUACAACAACAACUUCGCCUCCAAUGGAGGCAUCGGUGUUCCCACUCCCUCCUUCGCUUCGCGCGGCAAGGGUAACCACCUGAAGCGUCUCAGCGCUGCCGCACCUCCCAAGAUCGGUUCCAUCAGCGAGCACCCCGUCAACGAUCAGCCGACCCCCAGGACCAGCCGCGGCCAUCUCCUCGCUGGCCUGCGCACCGCCCCCAAGACCCCUGGUGCUGUUCCCCAGUCUGCUCCCUACAACCAGAACCAGUUCGGCGGCAUGGGUAACUCCAAGCAAGCCGGCUACAACGCUGGUUCCGGCUACGGUGCUCCCCAGACUGCCAUUGGUUCUGGCUUCCCCAUGGGCCAUCAGAACCAGUAUGGUCUGAACGCCGGUCGCCAGAUCUACUCUCUUCCCGAGCAGGUGCUUGCUCCUCCGUCUGUCCAGUUCGACCAUGAGGAUCCUGCCGACAUGGACCCCAACCUGGCUGCUCAGCUCAUGGCUACCGAGCUGUACCUUCAACAGCGUCAGCAGCAGCUUCAGCAGCAACUGCUCAGCCUUACCGCUCAGCAGUUUGCUGGCAUGAACCUCAACGGCGGUAACAUGCGCCAGCAGUACCCCAUGACUCCCAUGACCCCUCAGUCUGGUUUCUACGGUCAGCAGUUCCACCAGCAGCAGCAUCAGCAACAGGAGAUGCCGGCUGGCCUCCAGGUCGUUUACAACCCGGCCACCGGCCAAUACCAGUACGUCAUGGACCAGAGCGUGCAGCCGCCGCAGCUCUCUGACUCGCCGCCGCCGCCUACCCCGAGCUUCACCAACUCGCCGCCCAAGUCCGGAACGCCUUUCCGCCAGUCUCCCCCGAACGAGAGGCAGAACCCGUUCGAGCGUAACUCGCGCAAUUCUCGGAGCACUUCUCCCCCUAAGAAGUCUUCGUCUCCUCCGAUCGACGUGGCUCCUCUGCCGCCGCCUUCGGCCAAUGCUUUCCGUCGCGGUCACAAGAAGAACGUUGCUUCUCUGACGCUGAACAACCUCGAAUCGACUGAGGGUCCCAAGUCUGCUUUCGUCCGCUCCGUCGGCUUCCCUCAAACGCCCAUGACCGGCACCUUCGGUCCUGGUCAAGCUCGUGCUGGAGAGCACCCCGCUCGCCAGCCCCGCGGUCCGCCACCGCUUGAGGAGCUCCAGGCCGCUCCUACCGCCAAGCACGAGGGUAGCAAGAACUUUGCGUCCCGUCAGCGCCGUUCGGCCGUACGCAACCUCGUGCGCGCUGGUAUCGAGCGCCGUGGUGUGCGUAGCGGCAGCGGUGGUUGCGGUACUCCGGUUAGCGAGGCCGACAUCAGCUUCCCUGUUUCUUCCGACAACGACUCGGACAGCGUCCGCAGUGGUAGCCUCUCUGGCAAGCCUAGCAUCGGCAGCCUUCGUGCUGCGGCUAGUGGAGCCAUUGGCUCGGAGAGGAAGGCCUCGAAGGAGCGCCUGCGGGAGAGGACUGGAAGCGAUGGCUGGACUGCCAACACGCUGAGCAGCGAUGAGGACCUCGUCGAGGUCGUCGUUGAGGAGUCCAAGGGCAGGAAGAAGACACCGAUGCUGGUGCUCACCAACGCCGAAAAGCGCAAGAGCUCCAUGUUCUAA